CAACAUUAAUCGGUAAAGAACACAGACUGUGGUAAAGAACCAAGAAGUGAGAAGCCUCACUGUGCACAUUAGACAGAGCCAUGGGAGCCACUAGAGUGGUGUCCUACCUGUCCCUGAUGGCGUUUCUGGGCUGUUUGCUUGAGAAUUCAAGCGUUGCUGCUGCUGACUCAAAUACUGUGAACCCUUGUUGUUACUACCCAUGUCAAAACUCAGGAGUGUGCGUUAGAUUUGGCACUGACCAAUAUCAGUGCGACUGCACCCGAACCGGUUUUUAUGGAGACAACUGUACAGUUCCGGAGUUCGGGUCUUGGAUUCGUCUCAUGUUAAAACCCAGUCCCUUUGUCACUCAUUACAUCCUCACUCACUUCCAGUGGUUCUGGAACCUGUUAAAUAACACUUUUCUUAGAGACACGGUCAUGAGAUUAGUACUCACUAUCAGAAGCAAUCUUAUCCCCAGUCCUCCAACGUUCAACACUAAAUAUGGAUACAUAAGCUGGGAGUCCUAUUAUAACAUCUCAUACUACACUCGACUUCUACCUCCUGUGCCUGAAGACUGUCCUCUGCCAAUGGGAACCAAGGGCAAACCAACUCUUCCUGAUCCUAAAGUGCUAGCAGAACGAUUCUUUAAGAGAAAGAAAUUUAGGCCAGAUCCUCAGGGAACCAAUUUGAUGUUUGCCUUCAUGGCUCAGCACUUUACCCAUCAGUUCUUUAAAACUAAUCAUGAAGUCAAAGGAGGUUUCACAAAGGCUUUGGGUCAUGGUGUGGAUGCAAGUAAUAUCUAUGGAGAUACUCUGGAACGUCAACAUCAACUCAGACUUCACAAAGAUGGAAAACUCAAAUACCAGUUAGUCGGCAGUGAGGUCUUCCCUCCCACAGUGUCUGAAGCCCCCGUGUACAUGAGGUAUUCACAAGGCCUUCCCUCUGAACAGCAGUUUGCGCUUGGUCAUGAGCUCUACGGCAUUUUGCCAGGCCUCACCUUGUAUGCCACCUUGUGGCUGAGAGAGCACAACCGCGUAUGUGACAUCCUGAGAGCAGAGCAUCCCUCCUGGGACGACGAGCAGCUCUUUCAGACCACCAGGCUCAUCAUCAUCGGUGAGAUUAUCAAGAUCAUAAUAGAAGAGUAUGUGCAGCACCUGAGCGGCUACUUCCUGAAACUCAAGUUUGACCCAGUGCUUCUGUUCAAUGAGCGUUUUCAGUACAGUAACCGCAUAGCACUAGAGUUCUGCCAGCUGUACCACUGGCACCCCCUGAUGCCAGACAGCUUCAUCAUCGACGAUGAAGAAGUCUCGUAUUCACAGUUUAUGUACAACACUUCCCUCCUCACACACUAUGGGGUGGAAAAACUGGUUGACUCUUUCUCUCGACAAGUGGCUGGACAGAUUGGUGGAGGCCACAACUCUCAUGAGACUGUGCUCAGAGUAGCAGAACUGACCAUCAAGGAGUCAAGAGAAGCACGCAUUCAACCUUUCAACGAAUACAGGAAGAAGUUUAACUUAAAACCAUAUACAUCCUUCUAUGAAUUUACUGAUGACCCGGAGAUGGCCAAAGGUUUAGAGGACCUUUAUGGAGAAAUAGAUGCUCUGGAGUUUUAUACAGGUGUGAUGUUAGAGAAAGCACGGCCUGAUGCCAUCUUUGGGGAGAGCAUGGUGGAAAUGGGCGCUCCUUUCUCCCUGAAAGGUUUACUUGGAAAUCCUCUCUGCUCACCGGAAUACUGGAAGCCGAGCACAUUUGGAGGAGAGACUGGUUUUCGCAUAGUCAAAAGUGCAACUCUGCAAAAACUCGUGUGUCACAAUUCAAAAUGGUGUCCAUAUGUACAUUUUCGGGUUCCAGGGAAGGAAGAGGAGGCAAACUCCAGAAAACCGUCUACUGAACUUUGAGAUGUUUAUUUAUAUUUAUAACAAAUUGGUUCUAAUAUUGUAAUUUCAUUCUAAAAUUACAGUUUAAAUGCAUUUGUUUGUACAAUAACAUGCUUUGUCCUAUGUUAGCAAAGAAGAUAUAAAAUGCGUUAUAUAAAACAGAUGACUAAGUUGUACAGGUUGCAGUUUGAAUGCCUUUUUACACGGAAAACCAUGACUCCAAAACAGUCCAGCAGAAACACUUCUUUCAACACACUUCUAACAUUUCUACUCAAAGCAGCCUUUGUAAAAAGCAACACAUAUUCUAUGUUUAAAUUUGCUUUUGCAUUUUGUGAAAAAUAAAUCAAUCAAAAAAAUAAGAAGACACCAUCUUAUCUUUUACAAUUCCAGUUUUUCUUCCCAGUAAAACCUUGUUGAGUAAAAUGUGAGACUAGGUCUGGACAGACAGAUGUAUGAUUUAUUUUAUGAUUAUGGCACUUAAGUGAAUCUGCUGCACUUGUGUGGAGGCAACACAACAAUACAUCCAAUCAAUGAACACGGCUAUUGAGACUUUCACAAGAAUUGGGAGCUGAUUGACUCAGUUUUUUGGAGGCUUCUAAAACUCUAUUGUUCCUGAUAAAUCAUCCAGACAGAUGUUUGUGUGAAGACAUGGACCCAUGACUGCAACG